AUGGGAUGGGGUUUAACUGGUUUUUGUCCUGGGCCUGCCAUGGCAAAUUUAGUGCUUUUACCACAAGCUGCACUUGAAGUUCUAUUUAUUAUAAUUGGACAACUUUUGACUGAUUUUGGACUUAAAAGAUGGAAAUCCUUUAAAGAAAAGCAAAAAAAGGAUAAUGCAAGCGAAAAAACGAGUAACCCGAUAUCUCCUUGGAAAAUUAAUGAUAUAAAAGAAGGGGAUAAAACAAGUAAUGUGCAUGAUUUAGAGAAAUUUGGUAAUUCUCAAGAUCUAGGGAAAACAGAUCAAGGAAAUUCCAAUAUCGCGCAAGUUUCUCCUUAA